AUGAACAAUGUAGAACCGAUGUUGUGUCUUAUCGGUCCUAACGGUAUAGGACAGCACUUGAAGAAGCAACUCCUAUUCAAAACUAUCGCCACCAACUGCAUCAACAACAAGCAACAACAGCACGACGUAGACGGAAAGGAAGAGGACGACGACGAGGAGAAAACCAAUAGUUGUACACUGCUCCGCUGUUGUCGGUCAAACGGGCACACUUGCUCUCCUUUUGAUGGAUUAUGA